AUCAAGUUUCCUACCUAGAGGUUUCUUUCAUCAAUUCGAAUAAUUUGAAGAUAACUCUUGGUACAAACAUUUUUCUUAUGAUAUUCAUAAUCUCGAUUAUAUCGAACUUUUAAUUUCUUUGUUAUGGUGUGAUACAACAUAACAAUGAGCAACGUUCCAGAAAAUGCACCGAAUCAUUGCCCUGGAACUCAGAGCGAGGAUGCAGGCAAAGCCUCGGCUUGCGCAGGAUGUCCAAAUCAGAAUAUUUGCGCUUCAGGUAUCCCAUCUGGCCCAGAUCCUGCCAUAGAGAUAAUCAAGAAUAGAUUAUCCAAUGUAAAACAUAAGAUUCUAAUACUGUCUGGCAAGGGUGGUGUUGGGAAGAGCACAGUUACAUCUCUCCUUGGACAUGCUUUAGCUGCACGGAGCCCAGAUAUUAACGUGGGUAUUUUGGACGCGGAUAUAUGCGGGCCGAGCCAGCCGCGCGUGCUGGGCGUGCGCGGCGAGCAGGUGCACAACUCUGGUUCCGGGUGGUCGCCUGUCUACGUUAAAGACAACCUCUCGCUUAUGUCGAUCGGAUUUCUUCUCGGCAGCCCGGAUGAUGCAGUUAUAUGGCGAGGACCUAAGAAGAAUGGUAUGAUAAAGCAGUUUCUAAGCGAAGUGGACUGGGGCGACCUUGACUACUUGUUGAUUGACACACCUCCAGGCACAUCGGACGAGCACCUGUCGUCCGUGCAGUACCUGAGCGCGGCCGGGCUGAGCGGCGCGGUGGUGGUGACGACGCCGCAGGAGCUGGCGCUGCUGGACGUCCGCAAGGAGAUACAGUUCUGCAGCAAGCUGGGCGUGCGCUUGCUGGGCGUCAUCGAGAACAUGUCGCUCUUCGUGUGUCCCAACUGUCAGAGCCGCAGCGAGAUAUUCCCGGCGACGACGGGCGGCGCGGCGCAGAUGUGCGCGGCGCUGCGCGCGCCGCUGCUGGGCGCGCUGCCGCUCGAGCCGCAGCUGGCGCGCGCCUGCGACCGCGGGGACGACUUCGCCGCGCGCCUGCCGCGCUCGCCCGCCGCCGCCGCCGCCGCCGCGCUCGCCGACAAAAUUGUAGCAGCCUGUGAAAACUUAGAGACAUUAUAAAAGAUGGACAAAUUUAUAAUGAUUUUAAUGACCUAGUCAAAUAAGCUUAAAUCAAUAUGCUUACAAAUAAAUUAACUAUAUUGUUUA